GUGAAACCGUUACCUCACACAAUUUCGGCACAAUGAAGCUCUUCUGCUUCCUUGCAUUUCUGGCUUUGUUCGAGAGCAGUGCUACUCAAACUGCUAUAGCGCAGAACUACAUUUACUCGGUGACUGAAAUUAUAGCAGCCUUAAGGGAAAGUGGACAGGAUAUGUAUCAGGCUGAUUACUUCUUCAGGGUCGUAGAAAACCUUAUUACGGGUGUGCCAUUUCAGUUAGCGUCCGGGAUAUUAAAUUCAGUUUGCUCGACGGUGCUGGCGCAGGGCAGAGAUCAAACACCCGAACAGUAUGUACCGAGAAGGGAAGACAUUAAACUACAGCUACGCACCUCUUGCGGAGGACGUGAAUAUGCCAUCGAUAAUAUAUUGGAGCUAGCUGAAGAUCCAGACUUUGAUCCCGAAAAGAAAACUGUAAUUUUUUCAACUGGUUUUCUAUCAACUGUGAACUUUCCUGCAACCGGGGAAUUGGCCCAGGCAUUUAGUUGUCGCGGUGAUACUAAUUUUUUGGUGCUGGACUCCGGUGGAUAUUUGACAACGCUUUAUGUUUGGGCCGCACAAAACACUGAUACAAUAGGUGAAUAUCUCGCUGAGGGCAUACAAAGUCUGAGCCAGAUUAUAGACAUCGAAAAACUGCACAUAAUCGGCCACAGUUUGGGCGCACAAAUAAUGGCAGCUGCCGCCCGGCACUACACUGAUCUCACAGACAAUCAACUACCGCAUGUGACGGGUCUGGAUCCCGCCUCACCCUGUUUUAACGAGGGCGAGGUGCUAACUAUUCUCUCAGCCAGCGAUGCCGAGUUUGUUGACACCAUAAUCACGACUCCCGGAAUUGCGGGACAAUUUGCUGCCAGCGGUGAUGCUACUUUCUAUGUGGGUGGCUUGUUUCCUACACAAGUGCCGUGCACAACUUUGCAGUGUUCUCACGAAAUCGCUAUUGACUACUAUAUAGAAUCGGUCUAUCCAAAUAAUGAGCGGAAUUUUCUAGCAAGGCGUUGCAGUUCACUUUAUAGGCUAAAUACGGGUAGGUGUAACGGUGAUGAAUAUCCAAUGGGCUUAGCAGUACCACACGAUAUAAAGGGCAGGUAUAUCCUGGAGGUGAAUGAGGAGAGACCAUAUGGCAAAAAUGCAACUGAGGACUAUAUGGAUCCAGAAACCACCACUUGUGGCAUUUGCGAAGAAACGGAAGAGGCAAUUGCUUGAAAUUACAGUAUUUUACUGUACUUAGAUAUUUAUAUCAUAUACUUCUUUACUACACUUAUUUACUCCUAUAAACGAAAUAUAUUAUAUAAACUAUUCUUCCGUAUGCCACUCUA